CUACAAUUGAAGCCCAACAUCAGGGGAAGUCUUUGCUGAUAAUAAACUUUGAUUGUGGGAGUUGGUGGCUCCAGUGUGCUGAAACAGGCAAGAGAUCAUCCUGUGGAUUUUAACAUUGGAUUAAACUGCUUCCAAAGUGACGAUGACUUUGCCGCCCUCUGUAACGCACUGAUUUCACCAUGCCCAUCAUUUCCCGAAGCAGCGAAAACGACUACAGUAACCUGAGCGACUCGUCGUGUAGUACCUUGAAUCAGAUUGCUCCCUUAAUUCACGCCGAAACUUCCCCUGUCAAAGGAGCCUUCUAUCGCCGGUCGGGGUGGAUCCGCCGUGCAAAUCAACAGAGCCAAACAAACCAGAAGCAACAUAUCAUCCUCAACGUGGGGGGAACCAAGUAUUUGGUGCCCUGGCUAACUUUGGAUGAAUUCCCGCUUACAAGACUUGGGAAAUUGAAGUUUUGCCGCAACUAUGAAGAAAUCGUGCAGAUCUGCGACGAUUACGACGAAUCCUCCAACGAGUAUUUCUUUGAUCGGAACCCAUGCGCUUUCCGCAUGAUCAUCACCUUCAUUUCUGCGGGCAAACUGCGGCUUUUGAGAGAGAUGUGUGCCCUGUCCUUCCAAGAAGAGCUCGUUUACUGGGGGAUAGAGGAGGCCAACCUGGAGGCCUGUUGCCGCAGGAAGCUCAUUCAGAGAGUCCGAGAGGUGGCCAAGAUCAGGAGAGGAGAGGAGACUGAGGUGGAGAAGGAGGAGGUCGAUGCUCUGGUUGCGAGCGGCAAAUUGGGUUACUACAUGGGCAAACUGCGAGAUAUGGUGGAGAAUCCUCAGUCAGGACUGCCUGGGAAAGUGUUUGCCUGUCUCUCCAUUUUAUUUGUCACUAUCACAGUAGUUAGUCUUUGCAUUGGUACAAUGCCAGAUUUAAGGUCAGAAGAAGACCGGGAUAAAUGUUCCCAGAGGUGCUAUAACAUGUUUAUAAUAGAAACCAUCUGUGUAGCCUGGUUCUCCUUGGAGUUUGUGUUACGUUUUAUCCAGGCACGAAGCAAGUGGCAGUUUCUGAGAGGACCUUUGAAUAUUAUUGACAUAUUGGCAAUUCUACCAUAUUAUGUUUCGCUUUUGGUUGACAAAGGACCUGGCGACAGUUAUAGAUCUUCAGGAAGCAACAUCUAUUUGGAAAAAUUGGGGCUAGUGCUCCGAAUAUUGCGGGCCUUGAGAAUUCUGUACGUCAUGCGCCUUGCCAGGCACUCCCUGGGGCUUCAGACGUUGGGUCUUACUGUGCAGCGCAGCAUUCGUGAGUUUGGACUCCUGCUUCUUUUCCUCUGCGUGUCUGUCACUUUAUUUGCACCGCUUGUAUACCUUGCAGAAAAUAAGACGGAGAAAGGAGGAGACUUCAGCAGUAUUCCUGCUUCCUAUUGGUGGGCUAUCAUUUCUAUGACAACAGUUGGAUAUGGCGACAUGGUGCCUCAGAGUAUUCCUGGUCAGGUGGUGGCUCUGAGUAGCAUCCUCAGUGGGAUCCUAAUAAUGGCAUUUCCAGCAACAUCUAUUUUCCACGCAUUUUCCCGUGCAUAUCUGGAGCUAAAGCAAGAGCAAGAGAGGGCCCAGGCCCGGCUGAAGUGCAUCGAAAAGGCAGCAAAGCACUCAGAGAAUGAAGGCUUAAAUGGCACAAACAAUUUUGUUUCUGUAGACCCACAAUGUUCCAAUGAAUUUAUUGGUAAAGAGAAAAAAUCUUUUAAUUACUUGUAA